AUGGUGCGAGUUAUCAUCAAAGGAGGUGUUUGGAAAAACACAGAGGAUGAAAUCCUCAAAGCCGCUAUAAUGAAGUACGGAAAGAAUCAGUGGAGUCGUAUUGCGUCGUUGUUGCACAGAAAAUCAGCAAAACAGUGCAAGGCUCGCUGGUUCGAAUGGCUCGAUCCCGGAAUCAAAAAGACGGAAUGGUCACGCGAAGAAGACGAAAAACUUCUUCAUCUCGCCAAAUUGAUGCCAACACAAUGGAGAACCAUCGCUCCGAUUGUCGGCCGAACAUCAGCUCAAUGCCUUGAAAGAUACGAACAUUUGCUGGAUGAGGCUCAACGAAAAGCCGAAGGACUUGAUGAAGAAGCAACAGAAGCGAGAAAAUUGAAGCCAGGAGAGAUAGAUCCAACUCCAGAGACAAAACCAGCCCGUCCCGAUCCAAUUGAUAUGGAUGAUGAUGAGCUGGAAAUGUUGUCAGAAGCUCGUGCUCGUUUGGCGAAUACUCAAGGAAAGAAGGCGAAGCGAAAGGCUCGUGAACGUCAACUUUCUGAUGCUCGUCGUCUGGCUUCACUUCAGAAGCGAAGAGAAAUGCGGGCUGCUGGUUUGGCAUUCGCCAGAAAGUUCAAGCCGAAACGAAAUCAAAUUGAUUACAGUGAAGAGAUUCCAUUCGAGAAGCACGUUCCAGCCGGAUUCCACGAUCCAUCAGAUGACAGAUACGUCGUUGAAGACGCCAAUCAACGUGCUAUCGAUGAUCACCAGAAGCCACGUGGACGUGAGAUUGAGAUGGAAAUGCGUCGUGAGGACAGAGAGAAAUUGAAGAAGAGAAAGGAGCAAGGAGAAGCCGACGCUGUCUUCAAUAUCAAAGAGAAAAAACGCUCGAAGUUGGUACUUCCGGAACCACAAAUUUCUGAUCGCGAGUUGGAGCAAAUCGUUAAAAUCGGACAUGCAUCUGACAGUGUUCGUCAAUAUAUCGAUGGAACUGCUACCAGUGGUCUUCUUACCGACUACACCGAGUCGGCUAGAGCUAACGCGGUGGCUGCAAGAACUAUGAGAACUCCGAUGCCAAAGGACACUAUACAAAUGGAAAUUGAGAAUAUAAUCGCUCUACAGAACACUGAAUCAGUGUUGAAAGGAGGACUUAAUACUCCAUUACACGAGUCGGAACUCGGAAAAGGUGUUCUUCCGACACCAAAGAUUGUGGCCACUCCGAAUACUGUUCUUCAUGCAAUUGCCGCCACUCCAGGCACCCAAUCCCAGAUUCCAGGAGCCACACCGGGAGUUUUUGCUACUCCGGGAAGUGUCGCCGCCACUCCAUUCAGGGAUCAAAUGCGUAUAAACGAGGAAAUCGGUGGAUCUUCUCUGGAACAGAAGGCGAAUCUCAAAAGAGCACUCGCUAGUCUACCAACUCCUAAAAAUGAUUUCGAAAUUGUCGGACCAGAUGAUGAUGAGGUUGAAGGAGCAGUUGAGGAUGAUAAUGAUCAAGAAGACGCUGAAUGGGUUGAGGAUGCAUCGGAGAGAUCUGAAAAGCAUGCGAAGAGAAACGCAGAGAUUCGUAUUAGAAAUCUGAAAAUGAGAACUCAAGUCGUUCAGAGAUCCCUUCCAAAACCAUCAAAGAUCAAUGAAUCGGCAACUCGCCCAACCAAUGCUUCUGGAGAUCUUCCGAAGGCUGACGACAUGAUUAAACUGGAAAUGAGUAGACUUCUCGCAUGGGAUGUUGAUAACAAGGCUCCAGAAGUUGUCUAUUCUCGUGAAGAUCUUGAUGAAGCUGCUGAACUCAUCAAGAAGGAGGCUGAUGCUGGACCAGAAUUGAAUUCAAUGAUGUGGAAAGUGGUUGAGCAGUGUACUUCUGAAAUGGUGUUGAGCAAGGAUAAGUUCACACGUAUUGCUAUUCUUCCGAGAGAAGAACAGAUGAAGGCGUUGAAUGAUGAAUUCCAAAUGUAUCGUGGAUGGAUGAAUCAACGGGCGAAGCGGGCGGCAAAGAUCGAGAAGAAGUUGAGAGUCAAGUUGGGAGGUUAUCAGGCUAUUCAUGACAAACUGUGCAAAAAGUAUCAAGAGGUUUCCAACGAGAUCGAAAUGGCAAAUAUUGAGAAGAAGACUUUCGAACGUCUCGGAGAGCAUGAGCUGAAGGCGAUCAACAAACGUGUCGGACGUCUUCAACAGGAAGUCAAAACUCAAGAAGCGAGAGAGAAAGAUCUUCAGAAGACGUAUUCAAAGUUGUCGAACAAGCAAUGGAAACUUUCGCAAAUCGAAAUCCACGACUCCGCCUCCACCACUGCUGCUCCAAUCGCCUACUAA